AUGCCUCCAACGACGACGCCUCCAACGACACAAGCCGCACCGCCUCUGCUUCUCUGCGAGGCACUGGGCUUCUCUCCCCAACUUCUCCUGGACGACAUCAUCAAUGUCGCCAACAACGCCGUCCAGGACGGCGUGAACGGCAUGGAAGAAUUCCUGCAGAAAUGGGCCGACGAACGCGUCGCUCGCGGUGGAUCCUCCAACAUCGACAUGGAAACGACGACACACGAGGUCGAACAGGGUCUGGUCGCGUUUCAGACGCUGCUUGAGUACCAUACAGACAUCGCAUUUGACUUCUUCGAGGCGUGGUGUCUGCGGAAUAUCUUCAUGAUUCCUAACGACCUCCCUGUUGUAUUGCCGCAUCAGGAGGGUUUGGACCUCACAGUGACGCCCGAGCAGGAGCAGGAGCUCAUGGAUGAGAUUGACGAGAUGAGAAAGCAGCUCGACGGGCAAAGAAAACUCAAACGAAUGCUCCUACGAGCGAAUCGCACGUCCUCGCGGCGGCUGAAGCAAGCCCAGACGCGUCUAUCUUACCUUUCGUCCCUCUCAGGCCCGGACGGAUCGACACUAGAAACUCUGCAUGAACUCCCUCCCCGCUUCGUCGAAAUGUACAACACGCUGUCCUUAUUGCCGCUCUUGGAUACGCCCGCGUCUGUUGACAUCACCGAGCCAGGCAAACGGCCCUGGGAGACGAGCAAGACUGGGUACAUGAAUUGGGCAUUGGGACAGCUGCUGACGAAGGACGAGGGUGCUGGACACUUGGCGGUGGAUAAAUUAGACAAGGCGGCGUCGAUAGUUGGGACGAGCGAGGAGCUGAGGCGGGCAUUGGACUCUGGAGUCAAACGCAGGUUGGAUCAUGCACCAGGACGGGAUGACGAUAGCAGGAUGGACGAGUCGCCGUAG